AUGGCGAACGGUUGGAGUCUCAUCAUCAGCAUCAUCGUGGUCGCGGCGAUUGGCCUAGCAGCCUGGUUUCUAAGUCCCAAAGGCGAGAACCAAACCGUCUGGCGCUCGACCAUUAUACUAUCGACUGCAAGUUGCUGGCUCAUGUGGGCGAUCACGUUCCUCGCACAAUGGCACCCUCUCAUCGUACCCGAACGAAGCGAUCUCCGCAUGGAAGUUGAGCCGCCGCAGCGUUUCUAA